GCGAAAUUUUGAGCUGAAUUAAAGUUCUGCUUUAGUCAAAUUAAAUAUUAUUGCAAAAAUCUUAGCGUCUAAGAAUUUUUCAAACUUGUUCCGGAAAUGGCUUGCAAUUGUUCGAAGCUUUAGUUUGAGAAAUAUCCUACCAACGUGUUUACGCUGUGUUCAAGGAUGGCGGCAACGUCAGCUAUGCAGGUUUUUGUCUCUGGACUGAAGAGCAAAAAUGAGGAAGUAAGAUUAAAAACUACUAGAGACCUUCAUCAUUAUAUAACUACUGAGUUGCGAGAAAUGAGCACUGAAGACGUGACAGUGUUUUUAGAUGAAUUUAACCAUCAUAUAUUUGAAAUGGUUUCCAGUUCAGAUGCAAACGAUAGAAAAGGUGGAAUAUUAGCAAUAGUGAAUUUACUUGGAAUUAAUGUGGGAAACACUGCUAUUCGUACCAGUCGUUUUGUUAAUUACUUGCGUAAUCUUUUGCCCUCGUCUGACUCUGGAGUGAUGGAACUGGCUGCCUAUGCUAUUGGAAGACUUGCGUUAGUUAGUGCAAAUUAUACUGCUGAAUAUGUCGAGUUUGAAGCAAAAAGAGCUUUUGAGUGGCUGAGUGGAGAUAGGCAUGAAGCAAAACGUCAUAGCGCGGUCUUAGUUUUAAGGGAAUUAGCUGUAUCUACACCAACCUUUUUUUUCCAACAAGUUCAACAAUUUUUUGACUGUAUUUUCAAUGCUGCUAGAGAUCCAAAGGCUUCUAUACGGGAAGCAGCUGUGGCGGCUCUCAGAGCUGCGUUGGUUGUUACGGCUCAAAGGGAGACAAAAGAAACACAAAAACCACAUUGCUAUAAGCAAUGUUAUGAUGAAGCAGUGAAAGGCUUUGAAGAAGCCUCUAAGGAAAAAGUUACUCGUGAUGAAAAGAGUCAUGGAUCUCUACUUGUAAUCAAUGAACUACUGCGGUGCAGUAAUGUUGAAGGAGAAAUGAUCCGUCAAGAAUUAGAAGAUAUAAUUCAACAGCAGGCAAGUCAUGAAGCUCAUGGUCAACGCUAUAGUUUCUUAAAAGAACUGGGCACGGGGUCAUUGACGAAAAGUUUUCGAGCUCUCCAUCAACUACACCAUAGCAGCCAAUCUGGAUCACAGAAAGGCAUUGGACUCUCAGCAGUUGUCAAGUACCAUAAAGCUCUAGGGACAUAUCCUGGCAUAGUAAUGUCAAGUCGACGCAUUCAAGUGUUUGAAAGCAGCACUUGCAAAUCACUUAUGAUUGAGCAUUUUGAUACCAUUUGUGUUCAGGUUUUGCGUUUUCGUACUUCAAAAAAUGUACAUAUUCAGCAAAUUUUGUUGAGCAUUAUCCCAAGAUUAGCAGCUUUUCAAACAAAACGUUUUGUAAAAAGCUAUUUACAAGAAACAAUGGCGUACUUGCUUGUCUGCUUGAGGCGUGACAGAGAAAGAUAUAAUGCAUUUAAUGCUGUGGGACUUUUAGCAGUGGCUGUCAAAAUGGAAAUUAAAAAUUACAUUCCAAAAAUAAUGGAAGUUAUCAGAAGUUCAUUACCUUCUAAAGACAUGACUAUCAGGAAAAAAGUACCAUUAACUGAACCUGCUGUCUUUACUUGUAUCAGUAUGCUCGCAAGAGCUGUGGGUCAUGCAAUAAUGAAUGAUAUCAAGGAGUUAUUGGAGCCAAUGUUAGCUACAGGGCUGAGCCCUGCAUUAACUGCAUCUAUGCGUGAACUCGCAACUCAAAUUCCCCAGCUUAAGAAAGAUAUCCAAGAAGGGCUCUUGAAAAUGCUCUCUAUCAUCCUGAUGAGGCGAUCCCUGCGUCACCCUGGGAUGCCAAAGCAUCUGGCAAAUCAGUCAAGUUCUUCAUCUCAGCAUCAUCAAAAUCUACUGGAAACUACAGAUGUAGCAAGUGUUACUUUAGCUCUAAAAACUCUAGGAAGUUUUGAUUUUCAAGGGAGACCUCUUAUGAUGUUUGUCAGGUGUUGUGCCGAAAGCUACCUGUCUAGCGAGUCUAAAGAAAUUCGCCUGGAGGCAGUUCGUACAUGUUGCAAGCUUUUGUCUCCAGCUAUUCAGAGCAUGAAAUCAAGUGGACGGUAUAGCCCGUCUCUCAUGUCCAUUGUUCAAGAAGUACUGGCAAAAUUAUUAAUGGUUGGCGUGACUGAUGCAGAUCAAAAUGUCCGAUAUUGUGUCUUAGCUUCCUUAGAUGAAAAAUUUGACCCACAUUUGGCUCAGGCAGAAAAUUUAAAUGCUCUGCUUAUUGCACUAAAUGAUGAAAUGUUUGAAAUCCGAGAGCUUGCUCUCUGUACGUUAGGACGACUAAGUGCUGUCAACCCAGCUUAUGUUAUGCCAACACUUAGGAAAGUUCUUAUCCAGAUUCUCACUGAAUUGGAGCACUCUGGAAUUGGUAGAAAUAAGGAGCAAAGUGCUAAAAUGCUGGGUCAUCUUGGAGCUAAUGCUCCUCGACUUAUAAGGCCAUAUAUGGAACCAAUUUUGAAUGUUCUGAUACCCAAACUUAGAGACCCAGAUCCAAAUCCUGGAGUUACUAUUAGUGUUUUAGCAGCCAUUGGAGAACAAGCACAGGUUAGUGGAGUAGAAAUGAAGAAAUGGGUAGAUCAAUUGAUGCCAAUACUUUUGGAUAUGAUGCAAGAUUCAUCAUCCUUGCCUAAACGUGAAGUUGCAUUAUGGACUCUUGGACAAAUGAUAGAAAGUACUGGUUAUGUUAUAGAGCCUUACAAAAAGUAUCCUACUUUGCUGGAGUUACUCUUAAACUUUUUGAAAACAGAACAAUCUUCAACUAUAAGAAGAGAGGCCAUUAGAGUUCUUGGUCUCUUAGGUGCUCUUGAUCCAUUUAAAUAUAAGGUGAAUCAAGGAUUGAUAGAUCAAUCGGGUGAAACCAGCGGCGUUUUGAGCAUUGGAAGCACAUCAGUUGAUAACCAAGAAAUGAGUGCCAGUGAAAUGCUAGUAAAUAUGUCAGGAAGCCUGGAUGAAUUCUAUCCCCAAAUUGCAAUCGUCACUUUAAUGAAAAUAAUCAGAGAUCCUUUGCUGAAUCAACAUCAUUCUAUGGCUGUUCAUGCAAUAACAUUUUUAUUCAAAAGCAUGGGAAUAAGUGCAGUUCCUUAUCUACCUCAAGUUAUGCCUUCUUUUAUUAAUAUAAUCAAGAAUGCUGACCAACACUUCCGAGAGUUCUUAUUUCAACAACUUUGCCAAAUUAUCAGCAUCGUAAAGUUACACAUAAGAAAUUAUUUGGACAGUAUAUUUUCGCUGCUAAAAGAGUUUUGGACACUACAAAGUCCGAUGCAAAGCACAAUAAUACUGUUAAUUGAACAAGUGGUUGGUGCUUUGGGCGCUGAAUUUAAAGUUUAUUUGCCUCAGCUUAUUCCACAUUUUCUUAGAGUUUUCAUGCACGAUUUUUCUCCUAAUCGGACAAUUACCAUUAAAUUACUUGUAGCUUUGCAGAAGUUUGGGAACAAUCUUGAUGAUUAUGUUCAUCUGAUUUUGCCUCCAAUUGUGAAAUUGUUUGAUUCUCCUGAGGUGCCUAUUGCUGUUCAAAGGUGUGCUUUAGAAACAGUGGACCAUCUUUCAGAAACUCUUGAUUUUACUGAAUUUGCAUCUAGAAUUCUACAGCCUUUAGUUCGUAAUUUAGAUACUGUUCCCGAGUUGCGACCUACUGCAAUGGAUACUUUAUGCUCUAUUGUUGUACAGUUAGGGAAAAAAUAUCAAAUUUUUAUUCCUAUGGUUAAUAAAGUGACAGCUAAGCAUAGAAUAUCACACCAGAGAUAUGAUGUUUUAAUUAGCAGAAUCAUAAAGGGUACUAGUGCUGAUGAAAACGAUGACCCAUUGAUGUAUGCAAAAAAGAAAAUUGUUCCUAAGAGUCAUGAUACUGAUAUUAGUACAACUGGAAGCGAUGUUGCAAAUCCAAGAAAGAAACUUCCCAUAAAUAUAAAUAAUUUGCAGAGGGCGUGGGCCUCAGCUCGACGCGUCUCUAGAGAUGAUUGGCUUGAAUGGUUAAAGCGAAUGAGUGUUGUGCUGUUGAAAGAGUCACCUUCUCCAGCUUUGAGAUCAUGCUGUGCUCUAGCAGAGUCAUAUGAUCAACUGCCUAGGGAUAUGUUUAAUGCAAUAUUUUUGUCUUGCUGGUCUGAACUUCAAGUAACUCAGCAAAAUGAGCUUUCUGAUAGUCUUCAGCAGGCAUUAACAACUCAAAACAUCCCUGAAAUCACUCAGUCGAUUCUAAAUUUGGCUGAAUUUAUGGAGCAUUGUGAAAAGGGACCACUUCCUUUAAAAGCUACUUUACUGGGAGAAAAAGCUAUGGAAUGUCGAGCAUAUGCGAAAGCUUUACAUUACAAAGAAGAUGAAUUUCAUAAAGGCCCUACAAGUGAAAUACUUGAAACUCUAAUAAGCAUAAAUAACAAACUGCACCAACCAGAAGCAGCAGCAGGUGUCUUGGAAUAUGCAAUGAAAAAUCAUGGAACAGAUUUGAAAGUAAAGGAAAGGUGGUAUGAGAAACUACAUAAAUGGGACAAAGCCCUUACUGCAUAUCAACAUGCUCGAGAGCAAAGAUCGGAUGAUUUGGAGUUAAUAAUGGGUCAGAUGAGAUGUCUUGAAGUUUUAGGAGAAUGGGGACAGUUGCAUCAGCUUUCCAGUGAAACUUGGCCUACAUCAGAUGAAGCUUUCCGACAGAAAAUUGCGCCUAUUUCUGCAGCUGCUGCUUGGGGUCUAGGACAUUGGGAAAGUAUGGAGGAAUAUAUUCAAGUUAUUCCAAAAGGAACAACAGAUAGUGCCUUCUAUCAUGCAAUACUCAACAUUCAUCGUAACGAUUUUCAUUCUGCACAGCAGUUUAUCGAUAAAGCUCGUGACGUUCUUGAUACAGAACUUACAGCACUUGCCGGUGAAAGUUAUAGCCGUGCUUAUAACGCAAUGGUUCUUGUUCAAAUGAUGUCAGAACUGGAGGAAGUGAUCCAGUUUAAGCUUAUACCUGAAAGAAGAGAUGCUAUUAAGCAAAAAUGGUGGGACAGAUUGCAGGGUUGUCAAAGAAUUGUUGAAGACUGGCAAAAGAUAAUGCAGGUUCAUUCAUUAGUUGUGAGCCCUGAAGAUGACAUGAGGUCAUGGUUAAAAUAUGCAAGUUUAUGUCGACGAGCUGGUAGAUUAACUCUAUCAAACAGAACUCUAGUCAUGCUGCUUGGAACUGAUCCUGCAACCAAACCAGAGGAGCCACUCCCCUGCAUCCAUCCUCAAGUUACAUUUGCUUACAUUAAACACAUGUGGAAAAGCAAUAAAAAGACGGAUGCAUUCCUUCAUUUACAAACGUUUGUCAAUACUUCUUUAGCCUCUCAAGAAUAUAAAAAUUUAGCUAAUGGAGCUCCAUCAGAAGAACUAUCAAAAUUACUCUCCAGAUGUUAUCUCAAACUUGGGGAAUGGCAGGAAAAUCUUCAUGGUAUUACUGAAACAUCUAUACCACAGAUUUUACAAUUUUAUUCUAUGGCCAUGGAAAAAGAUAAAAGCUGGUACAAGGUGGCUCAUGCAUGGGCUUAUAUGAAUUACGAAGCUGCCUUAUUUUAUAAGCAACAAGAUCAACAAAAACACAAUAUGGAAAAUCAACUACCUCCAGCUGAAGGGUCAGAAUCUUUUUCAUCCAUUCAAGAUCAUUCUAGUCUUGGCUCUGUAAAGGUGUUUACUUCUGCAGAACAUGUGUGCAAGUAUGCUGUUCCAGCUGUUCGAGGCUUUUUCCACUCUAUCACACUUUCUCAUGGAAGCUCAUUACAAGAUACUUUGCGGUUGUUAACUCUGUGGUUUGACUAUGGACACAUGCCUGAAGUAAAUAAAGCUGUAACAGAAGGAUUAAAAACAGUUUCUAUAGAAACAUGGUUGCAGGUGAUUCCACAACUCAUUGCUAGAAUUGAUACACCACGGCAGCAUGUUGGGGAAGUUAUUCACCAGCUCCUUGUUGAAAUUGGAAAACAACAUCCUCAAGCUUUGAUUUAUCCUUUAACAGUAGCUGCUAAAUCAAAUGUGCCAUCCCGAAAUAAUGCUGCUAACAAGGUUUUGGACAGCAUGAUGAAGCACAGUGGAAAUCUUGUCGAGCAAGCUAAGAUGGUGAGCGAGGAACUCAUUCGUGUAGCUAUUCUGUGGCAUGAACUGUGGCAUGAAGGAUUGGAGGAAGCAUCAAGACUUUACUUUGGUGAAAGAAAUGUUAAAGGAAUGUUUGCUGCUUUAGAGCCUUUGCAUGCCAUGAUUGAAAGAGGACCACAGACACUGAAGGAAACUUCAUUUACACAGGCAUAUGGCAGAGAAUUAGCUGAAGCCCAGGAAUGCUGCAAGAAGUAUCAACGCUCAGGAAAUGUUAAAGAUUUAACACAAGCUUGGGAUAUGUACUACCAUGUUUUCCGGAGGGUAACCAAACAACUACCUAGUCUAACUUCUCUUGAACUUCAAUAUGUAUCACCAAAACUUUUAACUAGUCGAAAUCUGGAAUUGGCUGUGCCAGGGACAUACUAUCCUAAUCAGCCUAUAAUACAGAUUGCUCAUGUUGAAAGCUCUCUUCAAGUUAUUACUAGCAAGCAACGUCCCAGAAAGCUGAGUAUUAAAGGUAGCAAUGGAAAAGACUUUAUGUUCCUGCUGAAAGGGCAUGAAGAUUUGCGACAAGAUGAACGAGUGAUGCAAUUGUUUGGACUAGUCAAUACAUUACUUGUCAAAGACCCCGAGACUUCUAGAAGAAAUGUGACCAUUCAACGAUAUUCUGUGAUACCCUUAUCAACAAAUAGUGGCUUGAUUGGUUGGGUACCUCAUUGUGACACUUUGCACACUCUAAUUCGAGAUUAUAGAGAAAAGAAAAAAAUUCUUUUGAACAUUGAACAUAGGAUCAUGCUCAGAAUGGCUCCUGAUUAUGAUCAUUUGACUCUAAUGCAAAAAGUUGAAGUAUUUGAACAUGCUCUAAAAAAUACAAAUGGUGAUGAUUUAGCUAAGUUGUUGUGGCUGAAAAGUCCUAGCUCUGAAGUUUGGUUUGAUAGAAGGACAAAUUAUACUCGAUCUUUAGCUGUAAUGUCCAUGGUUGGUUACGUGCUUGGACUUGGAGAUAGGCACCCUUCGAAUUUAAUGCUUGAUAGGCUAAGUGGGAAAAUACUUCAUAUUGAUUUUGGCGAUUGCUUUGAAGUCGCUAUGACAAGAGAAAAAUUUCCUGAGAAGAUCCCUUUUAGACUUACCAGAAUGUUGAUACAUGCUAUGGAGGUUACCGGUAUUGAAGGGACGUAUAGAAAAACUUGCCAAAAAGUCAUGAAAGUUUUACGUGACAAUAAAGAUAGUCUUAUGGCAGUGUUGGAAGCUUUUGUUUAUGAUCCUCUACUAAAUUGGAGACUUAUUGAUGCUCAACCUAAAGGAAAACAUUCAAAGAACAGGAGUGAAUCAUCAUCAUCAAUUCAUGAUCAAAAUGAUAUACUAGAAGAAGUAGAUGUUCAAUCUCAGGCAGACUCAAAAGAAGGAGAUAGUGCUCUUAUUGACUCUGGUUUUAGUCAGCCAGAAGCAUUAAAUGAGAAAGCUGUUCAGAUUAUAAAUCGAGUUCGUGAUAAACUAACAGGUCGAGAUUUUGAUCCUCAUAAAACUUUGGAAGUGGAUGAGCAAGUAGAACUUCUGAUUAAGCAAGCCACUUCACAUGAAAAUUUGUGCCAAAGCUAUAUUGGUUGGUGCCCUUUUUGGUGAAGCCAUUUUGGAGAAAAGAUAUUUUGGAAGCUAAUCAAAUCGUCCAGUUACUGUGAUAUGAAAAGAAGAAUAACUACAAACAAAAUGUAUAAACAUAAUAGACUUUUAAGUAUUUAAAAAA